AUGAAUGAAUGGAAAGAUUGUCCUAGUAAACAGGAAAUACAAGGAUCUCUGAAGCAAGUCCAGAAGCUUCUCUCAGCCCAUGAAGCCUCGUACCUGCAGAGUCUUCGCAAUCUGAAGAAGAAAAUAAACCUGUUGCAAAGCAAUGCAGGGAAGCAGACCACAAGGGCCAUCAACAGUACCUGUCCAAAAGUCGAUGCACCCAUCAAUGGGAGAAAACUUGGCAAGUCACACAGCGUGGGCCAUGAGAUUCACUUUCUGUGUGACCCCGGUUAUGAACUAGUGGGAUCAGAGAGCAGGGUCUGUCAAGAAAGCUUUACCUGGAGCGGCCAGCAGACUACCUGCCGAGACAUCAAUGAGUGUGCGUCCUCUCCAUGCUUGAAUGGCGGGACAUGUGUGGAUGAAGUGAACCAGUUCUCUUGUGUUUGUGCCAAAGGCUGGUCUGGAGCCACCUGUCAGAGCCCCAUGCCAACAUUCUUUGUCACCAUGACAAACACCUCUGCCGCCACCUCCCCAGCCACAGCUGCUGCUUCUACAUUGCCUGCUGCCACCACUGGGCCCUUUGUUCGUCCAUCACGUUGCACCCUAACGCAAGGGACCACCCACUGCACCUGUGAGCCGGGAUACACCAUCUCUGGCAGGGACAGCAACACUUGUACUGAUAUAGAUGAAUGUGAGCUGUUCCACAAUGGUCAGGCCGGGAGACUGUGUUUACAUGCUUGUGUUAACACCCCUGGUGGCUACCGCUGUUCCUGUCCCAUCGGUUACAAUGUGACCCGCGACGGACGCAGCUGUAAAGACAUUGAUGAGUGUGCCACCAGACAAAACAACUGCACAAAAGACCAGAUGUGCAUUAAUACAUAUGGUGGUUUCCAAUGCAUCCGUGUGGACUGCCCCAAAAUCCCUAAUGCUACAUAUGUUAAGACGUCUCCUAUGCGCUGCGAACGUAAUCCAUGUCCGGUGGACAAUAAGGCAUGCUCUCAGGCCCCAAACUCUUUUUCUUACCAUUAUCUGGCUGUUGUGUCCAACCUGUCAGCUCCUCGCGUCAUGUUCAGGGUCUCAGCAUUGCGCCCAAUGGGUGACACACUUCGCUUCUCCCUGCUGGGAGGAAGGCAAGCUCGACGCCACUUCACAGUCCAGCGAUCAGACCGUGUGACAGGUCAGCUGAUGCUGGUGAGUCCUGUGCAGGGCCCUGCCACACUGGAGGCAGAAGUGGAGAUGAGCGAGCUGGAAAGAAGAGUCCAGCUGGGGAGAUAUAUCACUAAAGUCACCAUGUUUGUUUCCCAGUAUGAUUUCUAGAAAAACAACAGUCUGGUUUAGAUUAAGUUAAUGACUUUAUUUGACCAUGGAUGUGUGACACUCUGAAAUGUUGUGAUGACCAUCUUUAAAGUCGCCUGUACUGUUGCAAAAGGAGUUGCUGCAGCUUAAAAGGGUAGUAAAGUAAGCAUGUACCAGCAUAUUAACUCACAAGUGAUUGUAUAUCAAGUGUUUUGUGUGGACUAAAAUUACUACUAAAAACUAUAAAAAAGCUAAAAUAUCUUUAUUGCACAAAAAUUUAAAUGAGUGGCAAAUGACAUGAUGUAGCAACAAUAAAACAGCAUUCAACAUCCAAGUUCACCCUGAAAGAAAUUUUUGUUAAUGACAGUCUUGCUUUGUUGACACUUCUGUUAUGUAUACUGGAUAUGUAAUCAUGACAUGUGAAGAUUUUGUAAUUCCCUUUACUGUUUUAUUUUGUUUUAGUUGUUGUUUUAUUUAUAUUCUGGUUUCACUA